UAUGAUGAUCAAGUUCUGCGUUCAACUACUGGUUUUCUUUUGUUUGGUCAGUUUACAGGAGGGAGCCAAGGCAGAGCAAUGUGGUAAACAAACCGGAGGUGCACUAUGCCCCGAUGGGUUCUGCUGUAGCCAAUUUGGCUUCUGUGGCAAUACUUACGCCUACUGCGAAAAUGGUUGCCAAAGCCAAUGUAAUACUGCUGCUGUUGCUACUGGUGUUGGAGGCUCCAGUGCUUCUGUGACUCUGGCCCCUGUCGGUGGUGGUGGAGGCAACGUGAGCUCUCUAAUUAGCGAAGCCCUUUUCAACCAAAUGUUGAAACAUCGGAAUGAUACAAACUGCCCUGCUAAAGGCUUCUACACUUACAACGCUUUUAUCGCUGCCGCAAAGUCCUUCAACGGCUUCGCCACCAUCGGAGACACCGACACCCGUAAAAGGGAGAUCGCCGCUUUCUUGGCUCAGACUUCUCAUGAGACCACAGGAGGAUGGGCAUCUGCACCAGAUGGUCCAUAUGCCUGGGGAUAUUGUUACCUUCGAGAACAAGGUAAUCCUGGAGAUUACUGUCAAUCCAGUACCCAGUGGCCAUGUGCUGCCGGCAAGAAAUAUUACGGCCGAGGACCCAUUCAGAUUUCAUACAACUACAACUAUGGGCAAGCAGGAAAAGCAAUAGGUUCAGACUUGCUGAACAACCCGGACCUGGUUGCUACAGAUCCAACCAUCUCAUUCAAGACAGCGUUCUGGUUUUGGAUGACACCACAAUCACCGAAACCCUCCUGCCAUAAUGUCAUGACCGGGCAAUGGAAACCAAGUAGCGCGGACACGGCAGCAGGGCGAGUUCCUGGCUAUGGAGUCACAACUAACAUCAUAAACGGUGGACUUGAGUGCGGGAAAGGAGCCGAUAACAGGGUAGCUGAUCGGAUUGGAUUUUACAAGAGGUACUGUGACUUACUUGGAGUGAGCUAUGGUGACAACCUUGACUGCUACAAUCAACGCUCUUUCACUUAA